AUGGAUGGUGAACAGGAAUUACUGAAACAGAUUGAGCAGUUAAAGCUAGAAAACUCACAACUGCGUAAUCAAUUGGAAAAUGGUGGUUCUUUAAAAAAGAAGACUUUUGAUGAUGAUAUGAAUACUAUUGGUGAUACUGAGUAUCCGUUGUCACUUGAGGAGUACCAUAGAUAUGGUAGACAAAUGAUAGUAGAAGAGACUGAAGGUGUCAAGGGACAAAUUAAAUUAAAAAAUGCUAAAAUUUUAGUUAUUGGGGCUGGUGGGUUAGGUUGUCCGUCUUUACCAUAUUUAGCUGGUGCAGGUAUUGGAACCAUUGGGAUAGUAGAUAAUGAUACUAUCGAUACAUCUAACCUACAUAGACAAAUUCUUCAUAGUACUGCUAAUGUUGGCAUGUUGAAAUGUGAAUCUGCAAAGAGAUACUUGGAACAGCUAAAUCCAAACGUUAAUGUGAUUACAUAUCCAGUACGUCUAAAUAAUCAUAAUGCUUUUGAAAUCUUUAAGGAUUAUGACCUUGUCUUAGAUUGUACAGAUACACCAAUUACAAGAUAUUUAAUAUCAGAUGUUGCAGUGAACCUGGGAAUGACCAUUGUUUCUGCUUCGGGUGUUAGAACAGAUGGUCAACUAACAAUUUUAAACUUUAAAAAUGUGGGCCCAUGUUAUAGAUGCUUCUAUCCUGUCCCACCUUCUCCAAAUUCAGUUUCGUCUUGUUCUGAAGGUGGCGUUAUUGGUCCUUGCAUUGGUCUUGUUGGUGUUAUGAUGGCAGUUGAAACCAUCAAACUUCUUCUAGACGUCUAUACAUUAGAUAAUUGGGAACCAUUUCUCAUGCAAUAUUCCGGGUUCCCUAAACAAUCAUUGAGAACAUUUAGGAUGCGUGGAAGAAAAGAUAGUUGUAAAUGUUGUGGUGAAAGUCCAACAAUCACUAAACAAUCGAUCGAAUCUAACGAAAUAAAUUAUCAAGAAUUUUGUGGAGUUCGAAAUUAUGACGUUUGUUCAACAAAUGAACGUAUUACAGUAAAUGAGUUCGAAGAAUCAUAUCAUAAAAUAGAUAAAAAGGAUUACAUAUUAUUAGAUGUAAGACCACCACAUCAUUAUGAUAUAUCUCAUCUUGCAAAUACCUACAAUAUUCCAGUGAAGUCUCUUCGGGAUAUGGAUGGAUCACUUGAGCAAUUACAAAAGAUUAUCCCAGAUGUUAAUGAAAAAAGUGAAGUUGUUGUAAUGUGUAGAUUUGGUAACGACUCACGUUUGGCAACAAGAUUAUUAAAGGAUGAAUUUAAAAUUAAGAACGUAAAGGAUAUUGCUGGGGGUUUCUUUAAAUACAUCGACGAUAUAGACCAAAAAAUUCCGAAAUAUUAA